AUGCAACUCUUAUUGCACUUCUUACUACCAAUCUAUACAUUUGGAUUAUUUGGUAGCAAAAAGAAUGUUACCGUAAUAGGUCAUUUAGAAUGUGGUGGAUCACCAUAUAAAGAUGUUACGGUGGAAUUAUGGGAUGAUGAUUUAUUUAAUUUCGAUGAUAAAUUGGAUUCGAUGCAUACCGAUAAUGGAGGAAAUUUCAAAUUAUUCGGAGCAACACGAGAAAUCCGUAACAUUGAACCGUAUCUUCUGAUAAAACAUAAUUGUAUUAAUGGUAAUCAUGAUGUGAGAUGUACUCACACUGAUCGAUUUAAUGUUCCCAAAAGUUAUCAAGGGAAGAUUUACAAUUUGGGCAAAGUUGACAUGAAAGAAGCAACAGCGAAAAGAAGUACAAAAUGUUAUUAA